UUAAAUGAAUUCGCCUUGAAGCAGAAUUAUAUAUAAAUUUUUCUUGUUUUCGUAUAUUGGUGUGAUUAAAUUUUGAAAUAGGGAAAAAACAAAAAGUUUAUUAAAAACUGCUGCUAAAAUGUUCCGAUAUUAAUAAAAACAAAGAACAACGAAUAAAUAUAUGUACAUACAUUUUAAUUAAGUAUUAAAUAUACAUUAAAUACAAUGAGUUUGAUUCAUUCAGAGGAUAGUCCACUGUCGUCUGAUGGUAAAAUGGAUAUUUCUGACACAACAUCCUUAGAUUCAGGUGGAGUCUCUUUAAAUGAUAACACUGAACGAAUGGAGAAAGAAAAUCUCCGCAUAUCGCUAAUAGCAAAAAAUACAGCAAACUACAACAAUCAUCAAUCACUGGUGGGGGAGGAGAAUACGAACACCACAAAUUCGAGUGCUCUAGAAAUGUAUAACGACAACGAAGUUAUGAAUAAUAAGACAACAACAAAUUUGGACAACCGCAUCUUAAAGCCGUUACAAAAUUUAACUAUUGAAUCGCCUCCAGAGGACCCACAAACACAACAACAGCAGCAGCAAAGACGAAGUAACAUAUCUCGCACAUUAGCCGAUAAUCAUCCAUUGAUGUUAUCACCCACUGGCUCUGAUUCGGAUUCAGAAUACGAUAACCAGCUUCACAACCAUCAUAAUCAUCAAUAUGUUAAACCUGUGGACAUGGAAAAUUCCAUUGACGAUGAGAAAAUUAAUGAAAAUCAAAAGAACUAUCCGGAUGUUGUACCAACCCGCGAACGUUUACAUAUACAAAUACCUCAACCCAUAGAACAAGGGGAACAACAUGAAGUCUCUAUAUUAAAUUCGAAAAAUAUCAACUGUGAUAGAAAAACAAUCUCUGAAUUGACAAAAAACAACAAGCAGCAGCUAAUAGGGCAUAGUUUAAAGCCAAGUGCUUUAAAGAGUGCUAACUUUAGAGCAAGUAGUCCGGAUCUGUUGAGCAGUGGAUCAGAGAUAAAUGUCUCCCAAUAUCAAGCUACAGUCGAUACCAACUAUCAGACGGUAGCUUUGAUGCCAAAGAAAGAUAUAAAUGAUGGUGCACAAAACAAACAUUUAAAAAAUGCCAAAAAAGCCGAAGACAUUUCCUCUCUAGACUCCAUAUCUAAUCAUAGCUUUGAUGGUGAUGAAGAACACAACUUAGCCUCUUUAAGUCCGUCAAGCUCUCUAAUAGAUGGUCUAGAUGACGAUGAUGACAACGACGACGAUGAUGAUGACGAUGAUUGCGAAGGCCCUGAAUUGCUACCAGAUGACGAUUAUGUCGAUGAUGAGCAACAAUUCUAUCAUACUGCUGGACAUAUUACGCCUACUCCGGGCCGAUCGCUGAAUAGUCCUUGCAGAGAUUCUGCAGAUAACCAACAACUCCCCCAAUAUUCAGCCGCCGAAGAAAGACGUGACUCGCGUAACUGGCAAAAGAUCACUUUGCCGGAUGGAAGAACCCGUGACAUAGAUAUGCGAGUUAUUGAGCCAUAUAAACGUGUCUUAUCACAUGGAGGCUAUCUUAAGGCCGGAGGUCAUAAUGCCAUUGUUAUCUUUUGUGCCUGUCAUUUGCCAGAUCGUUCUCGUACUGAUUACAGCUAUGUUAUGGAUAAUCUCUUCUUGUAUGUUGUCAAAACAUUGGAACAGUUGGUUACUGAUGACUACGUGUUGAUUUAUUUGCAUGGAGGAUCAAGUCGUCGUAAUAUGCCACCAUUUCCAUGGCUUAAGAAAUGCUAUCAACUACUGGAUCGUCGUUUAAGAAAAAGCUUAAAAAAUAUGUAUCUUGUGCAUCCUACAUUUUGGAUAAAAUCUAUAAUUUGGAUGACAAGACCUUUUGUUAGCACUAAAUUUUGGCGCAAAUUAGUUUAUGUAAAAUCUUUGGAUGAACUUUCACAGUAUGUUACAGCCUUAGAAAAGGCUGCCAUACCUGAAAAAGUUAAGCAAUAUGAUUCUAAAAAGCAUUAGAUGAGUAAAUUAUGUUUUAGUUCCAUGAUCUACAUACAUAUAUCCUAUAUAUUGUAUAUUCCUUUUUUGUCUCUAGAAUACUCAAUUCCUAAGUUUACUUAUUUAUAACUUUCUAUAUGAUUUAUCUCUGCCUUUGUGAUAUUUAAAUUUUUUUAUUAUUUAUUAUUAUCUUUUCAUUUACAUAGACAUUUUUUCAAACCAUAACAUCGUCUUAUAGUACUUGCAUUAAUUAUUUUCUAUAUAAAAAAGAUUCGUACAUGUUUUCCUACUACAGCGCAAAUAAAUACAUAAUAAACAAUUAUUAAAUUCAUUUUAGAUAAAUAACUUUUUGGCUGAAAACCAAAUGCUUGAAGGGAAAUUUUAAAAUUCAUUCCUAGAAAUACUUAGACUGUGAAAUGUUUGUUUUCGAAACAACUUUUUAUUCCUCAGUACAUAAAGUAUUGAGUUUAUUUCUUUCGCAAUUAAUUCCUUCUUAAAUCAUAAAAAUACAUUCCCUCAUAAUAUUAUAAAAUUUUUAUUAUUAAAUAUAGAAUGUUUUGUUGUAGGUGUAAUUUAAAUGUGACUUUUUUAAUAAAGAGAAGAAAAUAUAGACACAUCGAAUAUGUAUAAUAUCAUCAUUUAAUUUAUAGAUUUUUUUUCUUCUUUUUUUUUUAUUGUGUUAAUUGCCACCCAAGUUUAUACUUAUUUAAGGAAAAUAAAGCAAAUUCCAAAUCAUCUAUUCAACUAAUAACAUUCCUCUUUUUGUUACUCGAAAAUAUUUCUCAAUAUUUAUAAAUAUUAUGCAUUAAAUAAUCCUGCAAUAUUAUAAAAAUACCAUUUGAUAUUAUAAUCAUAUACAUAUUGAUCAUAUCGCAAACAUUUAUUAAUAAACAUAAUCCAUGCCAAUCAUACAUAACAAUUAAAACAUACAUAUUUUAAUAUUCGAUAUAUACGUACGUACAUACAUACAUCCAAAAACAUAUGUAUACAUACAUAUAUUAUUCCUUAUAUUAACUCCAAUAAAUAUACAAAAUUACUUAUUCCUACAUAUGUAUGUAAAACAUUUGCAACAUUAAACCACCUAAAGAAAAUUUAACAUAAAAAAUAUACUAAACUAAACCGUAAAAAAUCCCACUACUUGUUACCUAAAUUUUCAUAAUAUCCGUGUGUAUAAAACAAUUGCAAUAGCUCCUAAGAUCUCCAAAAUACUUUGGCUUAUGUUUCUUCUUUGUUUUUAAGAAAACGAAACCAAUAUAUAAACAGUUGGAACAAAUUAGCAACAAUUUGAUUUUUAUAAAAUUUAUUUAAGUAGUAGCAUCAAUAUACAUAUUUAAAUUUAAAUAAAUUAGGAAAAUUUUUAAUAUUACAUUUAUAGUUAUAAUUGGUUUCAUGGACAUGCAUACAUACAUAUACGUAUUAUUGAUUUGAAGGCACUUUAUCCAGCAACAAAGAAAGUAAAUUAUUUAUAAAAUCCACAAGUACUUAUUGUUUAAAGAAAUAUAUUUGUCAUUGUUUAUUUUAUUUAAUAAGUAAAUAAUAUUUCAAUACAUAUAUACAACAUACAU